UUCAUUUUUCAUAAUUAUUAUUCUACUUAUAGAGGUCCUGGUUCAACAGGUCAUUUCAUAUCAACUGUAGAAGCUCCACAAUAUAAUAAUAAUUAUAAACCCUCAAAUGGUUUUAUAUCCCGGCCCAUAGCAUUUCCAGACACUCACAAUGCCAACAGUAACAACAACAACCAACAUAACAAAUACAAUGGAGGUGGAACACAAGAUAACAGCGAUGUACAUUUGGCCAACAGUUACAAUUCUUGGCAACAUCUCAAAGGAAAAGUGGGAGUGCUGUUGAAUAAAAAAGGUGCUCUGCAGGAUAGAAUUAGCGUGGGACAUUAUACGACAUCAGACCAUGGAAGUAGCUCAAAUGGUGGCUAUGCAUACGAAAGUCGUCCUUAUGGUGGCAAAGAACAUCAUGUAGAAUACAUACCCACUAAUCCACACUAUGGUGGUAGUGUGCCGACUACUGCUCACACGGGUGGCUAUUAUGGCAGUAGUGCUAUAGCAGAAGGCAUACCAUUCGAUGUUUAUGGAGGUAAAAAUCACUAUUCUAGUUCAGCUGGUGGCGACUAUGCUUCAUACUCCUAUGCAGAAGGACAUGAACCAGCUGCACAUAAGUCUCAUCCGGACAUAUCGCAAAAAGCCCUCUUAGCCAAAAGCUUUCUCAUACCUUUGGCCAGCGCUGCUGUUUUAGGUAUAGCUGCAGCUUUGGUCAGCAAUCCCCUGCUCCUACAAUUGGGCACUGUGUCUGGUGUGGCACCGGGUGCUGCUAUUUUGGGUAAACGUAGAAGAAGAGACUUGACCACUUCCGCUACUCUUAAUGACAAGAGCACUAAUAGCUUAAAUUUAGCAUUAACAUCUGUAGAGGGUAGUAAAAAGGAUUCAUCUUUACUUGCUUAUAGUGCCCAUCAUCAACGACAAAAUCUUCAUCAUCAUCCACGUUUUGUGCGUACAUGAGACACAUGUGUAAUGCCUGCUUUCUAAUAGUAACAACAAUUUCAUUGAAAUAAAUAAAAACUUAUUCGUACCAUUAAAAAUGCAUUAUUGACA